UGUCCUAAAGAGGAAGUAACGAAUAUAUAGUAUCGUCCUUCUCCUUCCCUUUACUCUUUAGUGGAUCAAUCAACUAAUUAAUCAAAACAGUGGAAUCCAUCAAAAUCCUCAGAGACAGAUCCAACACACAAGAAAGAAGUUAGUAAUGGAGCUCGAAUUAGGGUUGAAGGUCACAAGAACCAGAGAGGAUGUAUCUUCCUCGGUUGAUUUUCGCUUCUCUAAAGACCCAUUUGGUCCUCUGGUACUUUCAAGAGAAACAGAUUCAAGGUUCAUCAUCAUCAUCCAUCUUAAAGGAUUCAAGAAGGAAGGUAUUGAGAUUGAUAUAAACAAAGAGGGAGAUAAGAUUACUAUAAGUGGAAGGAAACCUGUUGAAGAAAUGGUUAUGAUUAGAUGGAUGGCAUGGAGGAAAGAAGUGGAGAUGAGAGCGUUCAGGAAAGUUUUUCUGAUUCCAGACGUUGUUGAUUUAGACAAGAUUAAAGCUAGAUUUGAUGAUGAUGAUGCCACUCUUACGAUCACAAUGCCUAAAAGAGUAAAAGGAAUCUCUGGAUUUAACCUUGAGCAAGAGGAGGAAGAAGAAGAAGAGGGUGUGGACUUUGGAGAUGUGAGUGAAGCUGAGAACAGAGAAGAAGUUGAAGAGGAGGAUGAAGAAAGAGAGGAGGAGACUGAUGAACACUCUGAGAGUCAAGGAGAAGAAGAUUUUGGUGAGAUGGUGGAAGAUGAAGAAGGAGAGAGUCAAGUUUAUGAAGGUGAAGAAGAGGGUUUCAGUGGAGGUGUGGAUGAAACUCAAAUUGAAGAUGAUGACUUAGAAGAGAUUCAGCAGACUGGUCAACAAGAGUUGGCUGAUUCAGACACAGAGAGUGAGGACAAUGUCUUAGAAAAAAUUCUAGACAUUAUGGAGCAAGAAGAUAACCAAGAAGUAAUGGAGAAGAAAGUUUCAGAAGAGAUUAAAAAUGAGGAGAUGGGAUCUGGAGCAACUGAAGAGAUUGAAGAACAAGAAUCUGAUGAGGACAGUGGCUUAGAAAAUCUACCAGACAUUAUAGAACAAGAAGUGAUGGAGCAGAAAGUUUCAGAAGAGACUAAAAGUGUUGACAUUAGAUCUGAAGCAACUGAAGAGAUUGAAGAACAAGAAUCUGAUGAGGACAGUGGCUUAGAAGAGCUUCCAGACAUGAUAGAACAAGAAGGUAACCAAAAAGUAAGGGAGCAGAAAGUUUCAGAAGAGACUAAAAAUGGCGACAUUAAAUCUGGAGCAGUUGAAGAGACUGAAAAGCAAGAAUCUGAUGAGGACAGCGGCUUAACAAAGCUUCCAGAAUUUAUAGAACAGGAGAAUAACCAAGACAUGAUGGAGAAGAAAGAUUCACAAGAAGAGACUAGAAGUAAUGAUUUUGAAAAAAUGGAAAGACAAGAAAGACCUCAUGAGCAGUUAGAUGGAACAAGUAAAAGUAGAGCUAAGGCUGAUGAUGAUGAUGGCUUGAGAAAGGUUCAAGGGAUUGAAGAACCAGAGAGACGCAAUGAAGAAAGAAAGAUCCAAGAAAUGGUGGAAGGGGAUCCUAAGGAAGAGGUUGAUGCAGAGAUGGGAGAAGGAUUCUUACCAAACAUUGAGAGAACAAGAGUAGUUGCAGAAACUGAGACAAAAGUUGAGGAGUUGGAAUCUGAAAAACCAGAAGCAGAUAAGGUCAACCAGAAACAUGAACUUAUGGAAGAGAAAACUCCAGUGGCAGAGACAAGUAUAGCGAAUGAUGUUCCAAAACCAGUUCAGAUGACUGAAGCACCAGAGGUGGGUUCUGUAGUUAAAACAGAUGAUGAAGGAAAAGAGAAGAAGAAGAAGAAGAGUGUCAAGAUGGAAACUGCACCAAACAUUGCAGAAACUGAGACAAAACAUGAAGAGAGUAUCUUAACAAAUCUUCGAGAGAAUGAAGAGCAACAUUCCAAGGGACGAAAGGGAGAAGAUAAACAAGAAAAUAUCAAAGAAUUGGUGAAAGAGAAAGCUCCAGAGGCAGAGACAAACAUAAAGAAUGAUGUUCUGAAACCAAUGCAAGAGAAUGAAGUACCAGAGGUGGGUACGUUAGAGGAAGUAAUGGAGCACAAAGUCUCAGAAGAGACUAAAAGUGAUAACAUUGGAGCAGUUGAAGAGAUUGAAGAACAAGAAUCUAAUGAGAUAAGUGGAACAAGUAAAAGUAAAGAAAUGGAAAAGAAAAGGACUGAUGGUGGUGAUGAUGAUGGCCUGAGGAAGGCUCAAGGGAUUGAAGAACCAGAGAGACACAACGAAGAAAGCAAGAUUCAAGAAAUGGUUGAAGAAGAAACAGGUGGUCAAGAGAAGGAUGGCAAAGAACAAUCUGAUGAGAAAGAAACUCAAAUUGAGGAUGAAGACUUAGAAAAGAGUCAGCAAAUUGAUGAACAAGACAAGAUUUUGGAAGCUGGUCAACAAGAGUAUUCUGAUUCAAAUGCAGAGAGUGAAGGCAGCAGUAGCUUAAGAAAGCUUCCAGACAUUAUAGAACAAGAACAUAAACAAGACGAGAUUGAGAAGAAAGACUCACAAGCAGAGGCUAGAAGUGAUGGUUUUGGAUCUAGAUCACUUGAAGAGGUUGAAAAACAAGAACAUCAUGAGCAGCUAGAUGGAACAAGUAAAAGUAGAGCAAAGGCUGAUGAUGAUGGCGGCUUGAACAAGGUUCAAGGGAUUGAAGAACCAGAGAGACGCAAUGAUGAAGUAAGCAAGAUUCAAGAUAUGGUGGAAGGGGAAACAAGUGAUCAUGAGAAGAGAAAAAAUGCAAAGAUGGAGACAAAGAGUAAGGAUCCUAAAGAAGAUGUUGAUGCGGAGAUGGAUGAAGGAUUCACACCAGUAGCUGCAGAAGAUAAUACUGCAGAAACUGUGACAAAAGCUGAGGAACCUGAAUUUGAAAAACCAGAAGCAGCUAAGGUACACAAGAAACAUGAAUUGGUUGAGAAGAAAGAAGAGGAAGAGGAAGAGGAAGAUACCAAGGAGAAUGAAGAACAACAUUCUAAAGGAAGAAAGCGACAAGACAAACAAGAAAAUAUCCAAGAGUUGGUGGAAGAGAAAACUCCAAAUGCAGAGACAGAUAUAAAAAAUGAUGUUCAGGAGACUGAAGCACCAGAGAUGGAUACAGUAGUUAAAACAAAUGAUGAAGGAAAAGAGAAGAAGAAGACUGUGAAGAUGGAGAAUCAUGCACCAAACAUUGCAGAAACUGAGACAAAACCUGAAGAUACUGAAUCUGAAAAAGUAGGAGCAGAUGAGGUAUCCAAGAUACAUAAACCAGUAGAAAAGAAAGCAGAGGAAGAUGCUAAUGUGAGAGCCAAAGGUGAAGACAGUAUCUUAACAAAUAUUCAAGAGAAUGAAAAUAUCAAAAAACUGGUGGAAGAGAAAGCUCCAGAGGCAGACAAAAAUAUAGUGAAUGAUGUUCCGAAACCAGUUCAAGAGAAUGAAGUACCAGAGGUGGGUACGUUAGGGGAAGUAAUGGAGCAGAAAGUUUCAGAAGAGACUAAGAGUGAUAACACUGGAUCAGGAGCACUUGAAGAGAUUGAUGAACAAGAAUCUAAUGAGGACAGUGGUUUAGAAAAGCUUCCAGACAUAAUAGAAAAAGUAAUGGAACAGAGAGUUUCAGAAGAGAUUACAAGUGGUGACAUUGGCUCGGGAGCAGUUGAAGAGAUGGAAGAACAAGAAUUUGAUGAGGUAGGUGAGGACAGCAGUAGCUUAAGAAAGCCUCCAGACAUUUUAGAACAAGAAAAUAACCAAGACGUGAUGGAGCAGAAAGAUUCACAAGAAGAGAGUACUAGAGGUGAUGAUUUUGGAUCUAGAGAAUCUGAAGAGAUUGAAAAACAAGAACCUCAUGAUCAGAUAGAUGGUGCAACAAGUAAAAGCAUAGAAAUGGCUCAUGAUGAUGAUGGCUUGAGCAAGGCUCAAAGGAUUGAAGAACCAGAGAGACGCAAUGAAGUAAGCAAGAUUCAAGAAAUGGUGGAAGGGGGUCCUAAAGAAGACGUUGAUGCGGAGAUGGGAGAAGGAUUCACACCAAACAUUGAGGGAACACCAAUAGUUGCAGAAGAUGAUUUAGAAACUGAGAGAAAAGCUAAGGAACUUGACUCUAUAAAACCAAAAAUAGAUAAGGCUGACAAGAAACAUGAACUGGUUGAGAAGAAAGAAGAGGAAGAGGAUAAUACUAAGGUGAGAAGAGAAAGUGAAGACAGAAGAAGCUUAAUAAAGCUUCAGGAGAAUGAAGAACAACAUUCUAAGGUACCAAAGCGACAAGACAAACCUGAUAUCAAAGAAUUGGUGGAAGAGAAAGUUACAGAGGCAGAGAAAAAUAUAGUGAAUGAUGUUCUGAAACCAGUGCCAGAGACUGAACCAGAGGUGGGUAAAAGCGGUGACACUGUAUCUGGAGCAUUUGAAGAUACUGAAAAACAAGAACCUUGUGAGCAGUUAGAUGGGACAAGAAAAAGUAGAGCAAAGGCUGAUGAUGAUGGCUUGAGAAAGGCUAAAAGGAUUGAAGAACCAGAGAGACGCAAUGAAUUAAGCAAUAUUCAAGAAAUGGUGGAAGGGGAGACAAGUGAUCAUGAGAAGAGAAAAAUUGUAAAAGUGGAGAUAACAAGAAAGGAUCCUAAAGAAGACGGUGAUGCUGAGAUGGGCGAAGGAUUCACACCAAACAUUGAGAGAACACCAGUACUUGCAGAAACUGAGACAAAAGCUGAGGAGUUUGAAUCUGAAAAACAAGAAGCAGAUAAGGUAGACAAGAAACAUGAAUUGGUAGGAAAGAAAGAAGAGAAACAUUCCAAGGGACAAGAGAAACAAGAAAAUAUCAAAAAGUUGGUGGAAGAGAAAGCUCCAGAGACAGAGACAAAUAUAGAAAAUGAUACUUCCAAACCAGUUCAAGAGAUUGUACCAGAGCUAGGGGAAACAGGCGAUGAAAGAAAACAAGGAAGAGAGAAGAAAAGCGUAGCAAACAUUGUAGAAACUGAGACAAAACCUGAGGAGUUUGAGUCUGAUAAACUAGAAGCAGAUGAGGUUGACAAGAUACACAAACUGGUUGAGAAGAAAGAGGAUGAAGAUGAGAAUAAUGCUGAGGUUGGAACACAAAGUGAAGACAUUGGCUCAAUAAAGCCUCAGGAAGUUGGAGAACAACAAUCUCAGGGACAAAAGAGACAAGAAAACAUCAAGGAACUGGUGGAAGAGAAAACUCCAGAGGCAGAGACAGCUGUAGAGAAUGAUACUCCCAAACCAGUUCAGGAGGAAAAGAAUGAUGCUGAGUCAAGAAAACCACAAGAGACUAUCAGACAACAAGAGUUGGAUGAAUGUGACAAAGAAAGCAAGACCCAAGAGUUGGUGAAAAGCAAAACAAAUGAUGAAGAGAAAGAGGGGAAAGAAAUUGAAGAAACAGUAACAAAGGAGCACGAGUCUUAUAGACCAAAAGAAGAAGAAGAAGAAGAAGAAGAAGAAGAAGAAGAAGAAGAAGAAAAGUUUCCAGAACUAGUUGAAGAGAAGCCGCAUUUUUCGAAAAAUGAAAAACUCAAGGAGGAAGAAGAACUUCCAGAGAAGAAAACAGAUCUACUUGGUGAUGAGGAUGAUAUCUCAAGAAAAUCUAGAGAUUCAGAUGCCAAAGAAGAGGUUGAUGUGGAAAUGGGCAAAGGAUUUGCACCAAGCAUAGCAGAAACUGAGAUAAAACCUGAAGAUAUUGAAUCUGAAAAACAAGGUGCAGAUGAGGUUGGGAAGACACAAAAACCAGUAGAGAAGAAAGAAGAGGAAGAUGCUAAUGUGAGAGCACAAAGUGAAGACAGAAGAAGCUUAAUAAAGCUUCAAGAGAAUGAAGAACAAUAUUUUAAGGGAAGAAAGCGACAAGACAAAAUCAAAGAACUGGUGGAAGAGGAAGCUAUAGAGACAGAGACAAAUGUAGCUAAUGAUGUUCCAGAACCAGUUCAAGAGAUUGAAACAGAGGUGGGUACAUCAGGAGAAACAGAUGAUACAGAAAAAGAAGCAAAGGAGGAGAAGAAGAAAAGUGCAAGUUUGGAGGUAAGAAAUAGGGAUGCCAAAGAAGAGGUUGAUGGGAAAAUGGGCGUACCAGACAUUCCAGAAACUGAGACAAAACCUGAAGAGUUUGAAUAUGAUCAACUAAAAGCAGAUGAGUUAGACAAGAUACAUGAACAGGCUGAGAAGAAAGCGGAUGAAGAGGAUAAGAACACUAAGGUUGGAAAACAAAGUGAAGACAUUAGCUUCAUAAAGCCUAAGGAAGUUGGAGAACAACAAUCUGAAGGACAAAAGCAAUACAAAAAACAAGAAAAGAUUGAGGAACUGGUGGAAGAGAAAACUUCAGAGGCAGAGACAAAUAUAGAAAAUGAUACUUUGAAACCAGUUCAAGAGAGAUGUGAAGGAAAAGAAAAUGUCCAAAAACUUUUCCAAGAGGAAACAAAGAAGCAGCCAGAGGAGCACAAAGAGGCGGGAGAAAAGAAUGAUGAUGCUGGCUCAAGAAAAGUUCAAGAGAAUAUUAGGCAACAAGACUUGGAUGAAUCAGAAAUAUGUGAGAAAGAAAGCAAGACCGAAGAAUUGGUGAAAAGAAAGUCAAGCAAUGAAGAGAAAGAAAUUGAAGAAACACAAGAGUCAUAUAGACCAAAAAUACUCAGGGAAGAAGAAACUGCAGAGAAGAAAACAGAAUUUGGUGAUGAUGAUUAUCAAAUUUUAAGAAGAGUUGGAGAUACUGAAGGAAGAGAUUUAGAUUCCAAAGAAGAUGUUGAUGCGGAAAUGGACAAAGGAUUCACACUACACAUUGCAGAAACUGAGACAAAAUCUGAGGAGUUUGGAUCUCAAAAAUUGGAACCAGAUGAGAAUGAUGAUAUACAUGAAGUGGUUGAGAAGAAAGAAGAGGAAGAAAAAAAUGCUAAGGUGAGAAGACAGAGAGAAGACAGAAGAAGCUCAAUAGAACUUCAAGAGAAUGAAAAACAACAUUCAAAGAGACAAAAGCGACAAGAGAAAACUGCAGAGACAGAGACAAAUAAUAUUCCAACACCAGUUCAGGAAACAGGUAAUGAAGGAAACGAGGAGAAGAAUAAAAGUGUUGCAAUGGAAAUAAAAAAUGGGUAUCCCAAAGAAGAGUUUGAUGCUGAAAAUGGCAAAGGAUUUGCACCAAACACUGCAGAAACCGAAAGAAAACCUGAGGAGCUUGAAUCUGAUAAGUUAGAAUCAGAUGAGAUACAUGAAAAGGUUGAGAAGAAAGAAGAAGAGGAAGAGGACAAUGCUAAGAUGAGAGGACAAAGUGAAGACAGUAACUUAAGUAAAAAGCUUCAAGAGACUAAACAAGAACAACAAGACAAGAUCAAGGAGUUAGUGGAAGAGAAAACUCCAGAGAUUGAAGAACCAGAGGAAACAAUAGAGCAAGAGUCACAUAGACCAAAAGUAUUUGGUGAUGAUGAUCUUCAUGUUUCAAGAAGAGUUGGAGAUACUACUGGAAAAAUAGAUUCAGAUGCCAAAGAAGAGGUUGAUCCUCAAAUGGGAAAAGGGUUCACACCAAACAUUGCAGAAACUGAUGCCAAGGCUGGAACAGAAAGUGAAGACAUUAGCUUAGUAAAGCCUCAGGAGUUUGGAGAACAGCAAUCUCAGGGACAAAAGCAACACAGCGAGCACAAAAAGAUUGAGGAAUUCGUGAAAGAGAAAACUCCACAGGCAGAAGCGAGUAUAAGGGAUGAUACUUUGAAACCAAUUCAGGAGAUAUGUGAGGGAAAACAAAAGAUCCAAAAACUUAUCCAAGAGGAAACAAAGAAGCAGCCAGAAGAGUACAAAGAGAAAAUGGUGAAGGUAGGGAAAAAGAUCAAUGAUGAUCAUGAUCAAAGUUCAAGAAGAAUUGGAGAUACUGAAGAAAGCGAUUCAGAUUCCAACGAAGGAUUUGAUGCGGAAAUGGGCAAAGGAUUCACACUAAACAUUGCAGAAACUGAGACAGGAGCUGAUGAGUUUGAAUCUCAUAAAGUGGAACCAGGUGAGGUAAAUGAGAAUGAUGAUGAUACACAUGAACUGGUUGAGAAGAAAGAAGAAAAUGUUAAGGUGAGAAGGCAGGACGAAGACAGAAGAAGCUUAAUAAAGCUUCAAGAGAAUGAAAAGCAACAUUCAAAGAGACAAAAGCGACAAGAGAAAACUGCAGAGACAGAGACAAAUAUUCCAACUCCAGUUCAGGAAACAGGUAAUGAAGGAAAGGAGGAGAAGAAGAUAAGUGUUACACCAAACACUGCAGAAACUGAAACAAAGCCUGAGGAGUUUGAAUCUGUUAAGUUAGAAACAGAUGAGAUACAUGAACUAGUGGAGAAGAAAGAAGAAGAGGAAGAGGACAAUGCUAAGGUGAGAAUACAAAAUGAAGACAGUAACUUUAGUAAAAAUCUUCAAGAGACCAAAGAAGAACAGUUUCAGGCACAAAAGCGACAUGACAAGAAAGAAAAGAUCAAAGAGAAGACUCCAGCGGCAGAAACAGAUACUGAAACAAUGAAGCAAGAGUCGUAUAGACCACCAAAACUAUUUGGUGAUUAUGAUCAUCAUAUUUCAAGAAGAGAUGGAGAUACUGGACAAAGAGAUUCAGAUGCCAAAGAAGAGGUUAAUCCUGAAAUGGGAAAAGGGUUCACACCAAACAUUGCAGAAACUGAGAAAAAUGCUGAGGAGUUUGAAUCUGAUGCAGUAAAAGCAGUUGAGGAAGACAGGAUACACGAACUGGUUGAGAAGAAGAAGAAGAAAGAGGAAAAUGAUAAGGUGAGAAGACAAAGUGAAGACACUGGCUUAAAAAGGCUCCAAGAAGAAAAUUUUCAGGGACCAAAUCGUCACAGCAAACAAGAAAAGACCAACGAAUUGGUGGAAGAGAAACCAGUUCAAGAGACUGAAAGACCAGAUGUGAGUACGUUAGAGACAUGUGAGGACAAAGUAUUUGCAGAGACAGAGACAAAGGAUCAAGAGUCUUAUAGACCAAAAAUACUUGAAGAAGAAGACACAAUCCAAGAGCUAGCUGAAGAGAAGAUGAACGGUUCAAGAAAAGUAGAGGAGGAAGAAGAAACUGCAGAGAAGAAAACAGAGUUAGGUGAUGAUGAUAUGUCAAGAAACGCUGGAGAAAUUGGUGCAAUGAAGGGACAAGAAAAAGAAAAAGAAAAGAUUCAAGAAUUAGCACUGGAAGAAAAGGUAAGUGAUGGCGGCAAGAAAAUAUUUGCAGAGGGAAAAUCUGAGAAUGAUGAGUCAAGAAAAGUUCAAGAGAUUGAUGAGAAGCAAUCACAUGAAGAAGAUGAACGUGGAAAUCAAGUCCAGAAACUUAUAGGAGGAGAAACAAGUGGUCAAGGAGACGUAGAAGAGAGGGAGAAGAGAAUAAGAGAGGUAGACAAAAGAUUCAGAGAAGCUCAAGGGAUUGAAAGAACAGACUCAGAUGUAUCUGAAAAAUAUGUUAAAGGAGAACUCCAGGAAAAAGAGAAGGAGGACGUAGCUGAUACACCAAAAAGAAGGACAGGUACUACAGAACAAGAAUUAGUAAAUCUGAACAGUCAAAUGGAGCAAGAAGCUGGAGAGAAGACUCAAGAACUGGUGGAUGAGAACAUCAAUAAUUGCAAAGAAGAAGAAUCAGAGACCAAAACUGAUGAUGUCGUAAGAAAGGUUCAAGGUAUGAAAGAACAGGAUUUGUCUGAAGCGGAAAGGAAGCAUGGUAGCAAGAUUAAAGAAGUGAUAGAAAAAAAAGCAGCAGAGGCAGAGAAAGAAGAUGAGUGUGAUGGCUUAAGUGAAAUACACCGUAGUGAAGAACAGAAGUUGCAUGAACCAAGUGGUCAAGAGAGAGAGGAAGAGAAGAAGGAGAAAGCUGUAGAGUAUAUGAGAAUAACAGAGAAGGAAAGCUCCCCAACUGCUCAAGAGAUUAAGGACCAACGACCUGAUAAAGAGAGCCAUGAGAAACGAUCCAAACAAGACCUGGUGGAAGCUGGACAUAAUGAAACUGAGGAACAUACCUCAAAAAAGGUUCGGGAGAUAGAAAAAGAGGAAUCUGAUGGUUUAAAGGGAUCUGUAGUGCAAGACAAGAAGCAAGAAACAGAGGAAAAUGAGAUAAGUAGAGCAGUGGAAGAGAAAGAGAUUAUGGAGAGGAGGACAGAAACUGAAGAUGUUAGCUUGAGAGAAAUCCAAGAUGAUGAAGAUACAGAAAUGUUUAAGUCUUAUAAGAGACAAGAAGAAGACAAGAUCCAGGAACCAGUGGAAGUGGGGAAAAGUGGUUACAAAGAAAAAAUCAAGAAACAAGAUGAGAUUGAUAUUUCAAGAAUCCAAAAGCAUGGAGAACCAAAUUUUGAUGAACUUGGGAGACACGGUGAGCAAACAAAUAUUCCACAAGGAGAAGACAAGAUCCAUGAACCAGUGGACAUGGGAACACAUGAUCACAGAGAGAAAGUCAAGAAACAAGAUGGUGAUGAUGUUCCUCCAUCAGUGAAAGAAGAAAAAGUGGAGAACAUGGCUGAGCUAGAAGGGAAAAGAGAAGAUGACAGUUCAGAGGAAGCAACUGAUCCUAAAGAAUCAGAAGGAAAAGAGAAAACUAGAGCAGUGGAGGAGAAAGAUAUUGUGGAAAGGAGGACAAUAACUAGAGAUGGUAGUUUCAGAAAAGCUCAGGAUGAUGCAGAACCAGAACUGAGUAAACCUUACAAGCCACAAGAAGAAGACAAGGUCCAGGAAGCUGUGGAAAGGGGAACAAGUGAUUACAGAGAAGAAGUCAAGAAACAGGAUGGGGAUAACGAAGCAUGCCAUAGUGACCAUAAAGAGGAACAACAGGAAGAAAAGUUAAUUGCCAAGACAGAACUGAAAUCUAAGGAAGACGAAAAGAUUCAAGAGAUUGAAAAACAGAAGCCUGAUGAAUUACAGAGAUCUUUGGACAUGGGAACACAUGAUCACAGCGAGAAAGUCAACGAACAAGAUGGUGAUGAUGUUCCUCAAUCAGUGGAGAAAAUGGCUGAGCUAGAAGGGAAAAUGGAAGAUGACAGUUCAGACAAGUUUCAUGAGAAUGAAGAAAGAAAAUCAUAUGAAGAUUGGACACAUGAGACGUGGGAGAAGAGUAAAGAGGAAGCAACUGAUCCUAAAGAGGAAAAAGAGAAAACUAGAGCAGUAGCGGAGACGGAGAUUGUGGAGAGGAGGACAGGAACCAGAGAUGGUAGUUUGAGAAAAUCUCAGGAUGAUUCAGAACAAAAACUAAGUAAACCUUACAAGCCACAAGAAGAAGAAGACAAGGUCCAAGAAUCUGUGGAGAGGGGAACAAGUGAUAACAAAGAAGAACUCAAGAAACAAGAUGGGAAUGAUACUACAAGAAGCAAAGAGCUUGGCAAGCCAAGUUUAAUUAGAGAGGAAGCAACUGCUAAAGCAGGCCAUAGUGACCAUAAAGAACAAAAUGAAGAAAAGGUUAUUACCAAAGCACAAAUGAAAGCUGAGGAAGACAAUUCAAUAAAGAUUCAAAAGAUUGAAAACCAGAAGUCUGAUGAAUUGCAGAGAUCUUUGGUACAAGACAAGAUGCAAGAAACAGAGGAAAAAGAAAAAACCAGACCAAUGGAGGAGAAAGAGAUUGUGGAGAGGAGGACAAAAGCUGAAUAUGGUAGCUUAAGAGAAUUUCAAGAUAGAAAAGAAUCAGAAUCUAGUAAACCUUAUAAGAGACGAGAUGAAGACAAGAUCCAGGAAGUAGUGGAAAUGGAAACAAGUGAUUAUAGAGAAAAGGUCAAGACACAAGAUGGUGAUGAUGUCUUAAGAAGCCAAGAAACUGAGAAACUGGAUUUAGUUGAACAAGAAGCAACUGGGCCCAAAAAUAAACACACAGGAGCGAAAGAAGAAGAAGAAAGAUAUGAGAAAGUUGCAGAGACAGAGACAAAAGUUGAGGAUGAGACCAGCAAAGAGGUAGAGGAGAACCAAAAAGAAGAAGAAGAUUCCUUAGAUGAUCCUAUGAAAAUGAUUCAAGAAAGUGAAAAAAAAGAAUCACAUGAACCAGAGAUUCAAAUAGUCCAAGACUUAGUGGAAGAAGAAACAAAGGAUCAAGAAAAUGAAGUGGCAAUGGUAGCUGCAACUGUAGAGGCAAAUCAUGAUGAAGAUAGUUCAAUUAUAUUGCAAACUAUAAAAGAACAUGAAGAACACAAGGAACCAAGAAAUGAUCCUGGAGUGGAAGAAGCACAUAACGAUUGGAAGCAAGAGGACCGAGGAAUGAUGAAAGAUUUAGUUAAAGAGGAAGCACUUGAUCUCAGACACACCGGUGGAGAAGGAUACAAUGACCAUAAAGAAGAAAAGUUUAUUCCCAAGGCAGGAGUGAAAGCUGAGGAAGAUAGCUCAGAACAGGAGUUUGAUGAGUUGCAGAGAUCUUUGGGACAAGACAAGAUGCAAGAAACAGAAGAAAAAGGAAAGCCUAGAUCAGCAGAGGAGAAUGAGACUGUGGAGGGAAAGACAAAAACUGAAGAUGGUAGCUUGAGGAAGGUUCAAGAAGGUGAAGAUCCAGAGUUGAGUAGACAUAAGAGACAUGAGGAAGAACUCAAGAAACAAGAUGAGGAUGAUAUCUUAAGAAGCCAAGAGACUAGCAAAGUGGAUUUAGGUGAAGAAGAUGAAAAAGAAGAAUCAGAGGAACUAGACAUAGUCCAAGAUAUUGUGGAAGACAAAACAUGGGAUCAAGAAGAUGAUAGGGUUGGGGAAGCUGCAGCUGUAGUGGCAAACAAUGAGAAAGAUAGUACAAGAAAAUUGCACACCACUGGAGGAGAAGAACUAAAAGAACACGAGGAACAAGAACCUGAAGUAAAAACAGAGAAUGAAGAAUCAAGAAGAGGACAAAAAGUCAAACAAGAGAAGAAUGAUGAGACAAGAAGUGACGAUGGUAUUGUGAGAAAGGUUGGAGAGACAAAAGUGCAAGAAUCAGAUGAAAAGAAAGAUCAAGAACCAGUGAGGAAAGAAGCGAGUAAUGAUGGAGCUAAGCUGGAAGAGACUGAAGAGGAUAGCCUUAUAAAAGGUGGAGAGUUUAUAGAAAAGGAGUCAUCAAAGACAAAACCAGUGGGACAAGAAAACAUGCAACAACUUAUGGAUGCAGAAAAACAAGAAAAUGAGGGAAAAUCAGAGGCAGGAGGGGAGAUGCAAGCUAAGAUUAAAGAAGAAAAUGGUAUAGAAGGAAGUGAGAAAGUUGCAGAAGUGGAGAUGCAAGAUAAGAUUGGCAUCAGAAUGAAGGACCAAGAAACUAAAAGACAAGAACUAUAUGAGCUUUUAGAAAAUGAAGAGCAUGACAAGAUUCCAGAACCGGUUGUCAAAGGAACAAAAUAUGAGAGAGUGGAGGACAGAGAAGAUGAAGAGAUGAAGCGAAACUCUGAGGAUGUUAGCUCAAGAAAUGUUCAGAAGAAUAAGGAAGAAGAAUCAGAUGGUUUAGAGAAACACAUGAAACUAAGUGAGCUCCAAGAAAAUGAAUCAGUGGAAGAAGAAGAACUAAAUGAAGCUGGAGGAUAUAAGGAAAUGCUAAAGACAAAGUCUAUGGAAGAUUCAAGACAGUCUCAACAUUCAGAUCAGACAGAACAAGAAAACAUCCAAGAGCUAAUGGCCGAGGAGGAGGACGAAGAAGAUCAGAACAAGAAAAUGAAGAGAAUGCCGCAGGUGGAGUCAAAAGCUAAUGAUGAUAUCUCAGAGAAGGAUGAGACAGAAAUGUUGAGAGGGCAAAAGGAAAAGGAAGAUCAUCAAGAUGUGGUGGAGAUAGAAACAAGUGACCAGAGGAAGAAAGAAAGGGAAGAGAAGAUUGUUGGUACAGCAGUGGCAGGAGAUGAAUGGGAUAGCUCAAGGAAGAAUCAAGAACAUGAAGAAGAACAGUUAGAUAAACUAGAAAGACAUGGGGAAGAAACAAGCAAUGAUAAAGAAGAAAACAGAGGAAACAGAGCAGGUGCAGAGACAACAAUAAAAGAUGAUGGCUUUAGAGAAGAACAAUUAGAGAUGGUUUUGAGACACAGUGAACAAGACAAGAAGCAGUUAGUUGUGGAAAAGGACAAAAGUGGUAAAGCAAAGGAUAAAAGGAAUCAAGAGACAAAGAGUAAAGAUGACAGCUCAAGAAAGACUCUAGAAAAUGAAAAACAAGAUUCUCAUGAACAAAAGAGAAACUAUGAGGAACAAGACAAGAAGAACAUGGGACCAAACUAUUUCAGAAAUGAAGAGGAUGGUAAGGAAGAUAAAGAAACUGCAGAAGCAGGCAGCACAAGAAGGAUGGAGGAGAUUAAAGAACGAGAAUCAACUAAAAUGGUUGAGAGACAUGAUUACCAAGAUAAUAUCACUGAUUUGGUGGAAGAUAAAAUGAACAAUCAAGAAAAAGAAGAAAAGACUGAAGACUCUGAAUCAAAAGAACCUGAAAGACUGAGGAAAGAAGACAAGGGGAGUGAACUAGUGCAAGAAAGAUCAACAGAUAACCUUCAAGAUGAAGAAACCAAAAUCAAGAAAAAAGAAUCAAGCAAGACUCAUCAGCUCAAAGAAAAAGAAACAGGUGAAGAAGAGAUACUUAAAGAAAAAGAGAACAGAGAAACUGAACGUGAAGAUGGUAGCGCAAAAAAGAUUCAAGAGAUAGACAAAGAAGGAUCAAGUGAACCAAGAAGAGAUGAGGAAAGAGACAAGAUCCAACCAGUGGAGAGUGAAACAAGUGAAGAUGAGGAAGAGGAGUUAGAAGUUGAAGUUGAAGACUCAGAAGAAGAUUGGGAAGCUGAAGUGAUUCAAGAGAUGGAUUCAGAUAAAGAUAAUGAUGAACUUAGAAAAAUAAGAAGAAUCAAACUAGGAUUUAGGUUAGUCGGAGGAUCAACAUUGUUUAUGUCACUUAUAGUCAUAGUUAUUAGUAUCAUUCGUUCCAAGAGAAAAACAAAAUGUUACAAGUUUUAAACCAA